AUGGGUGCCCAGUCUGCCAUCAUUGACCCUCCCCGCAGAAGUCUCGCACAGAACAAGACCAAGAAGAUUCUCGAGGAUGCUGAAAAGGGAGGUUACGGAAUUAUUGCUUCGAUCGUAUACAAUGUCGAGAAUAUCGUCGCCGUUGUCAGAGCAGCAGAGAACAAGCGGUCACCUCUCAUCAUCCAGGUCUUCCCCUGGGCAAUCACAGCUUCCGAUGGUCUUCUAGUCCGAGCAGCAGCGGAUGCAGCAGCGAGAGCAUCAGUACCCAUCGCAAUCCAUCUCGACCACGCACAAGACGAAGCGUUGAUUCGUCAUGCCGCCGACAACCUUCCGUUCGAUUCAAUCAUGGUCGACAUGUCACAUCACGAGAAAGAAGAGAAUCUUGCAAAGACAAAAGAGCUUGUCGAGUACUGCCACGCGCGUGGAAUUGCUACAGAAGCUGAGCCAGGACGUCUGGAAGGAGGUGAAGACGGUGUCGCAGAUACAGUGGAUCUGGAGGGGGUCUUGACCACGCCCGAGGACGUGGAAGACUUCAUCGCAACUGGCGUCGACUUCCUUGCUCCAGCCUUUGGCAACAUUCAUGGAGAGUCGCCGUAUGGCAAGACUGGACCCCAACUAGACUACGCAAGACUCGAAGCCAUCAAGAAGCAAGCCAAUGGCAGAGUGCGGAUUGUCGCUCACGGUACCAACGAGUGGCCAGACGAAGUUACACAACGAGUCAUCAAAGCUGGUGUCAGCAAGAUCAAUGUCAACAGACUUGUGCUGGACGAUUACCUGAAGCAUUUCAGGGCGAAUGCGGCCAAGAUUCCUCUGACCAAGUUGAUUGACGAGGGUGUUCAGCACACAACAAGGCUACAAGAAGAGCAGAUGGAUGUCGCGUGGUCAAGCGGGAAAGGGUCAUUAUAA